AACCUAAAAAGUAUUUCGUGGAUUGGCAUCGCUCAUCUCCAUUGGCUUUGGCUAGAGAAUUCGUUCUUCACCUCAUUGGCUCAUUUUUUGGCUUUGCUGCACAUCUGUGAGACAAAUAGAGAGAUAUAGAAUGGGGAAGACACCAGUGCGCAUGAAGGUGGUGAUGUACUCACUGUCACCAUUCCAGCAGAAGGUGAUGCCAGGGCUGUGGAAGGAUUUCACCGGAAAGAUUCAACAGAAGGUCUCAGAGAACUGGAUCAGUGCUUGCCUUCUUGUUACUCCUGUCGUCGGCACCUACAUGUAUGCCAUGAACUAUAAGGAGAACGAGAAGUUGGAACACCGAUACUGAGAUGGAUACUCGAUGUCUUCAGUUUGGUCACCUACCUGAUCUGGGAACCUUUUCAACAAAGUCUUCUUGAAUUAUAAAGAGUCUUUCUCAGUUUUAUGUUUAGUUUCUGAGUCUGGAUCUUUAAAUUUGAGUCAAAGAUGAGUUACGACCAAAGUUGUCUUUUCUUUUGCCAUCCCAAUAAAGUUUUGGGUAGUUUUGCGUGAAAACUGAAUUAAAAAAUUUAGGGAGGGAGCCCGAACUCUUUCAGCUUUUGCUGUUAUUAUGUGAUGGAAUGCAGUACAGAAAAUUUUCAGCCGUUUAUGGUAGAGUGAAAAAUAAUAUUCUA